AUGUUUGGAGCUAUAGUAGCUGGACGAUUGGUACAGACCAAUUUACAACAGAUUGACGAAACACAUUUCGUAUUUCCACUAGAACAACCAUAUGAAAUAAAUCAUCUGACCGUAUUCUUGCUUGGAACAGUACCGUUCCCCGAAGGAUAUGGUGCAUCUGUACAUUUCGCUUGGCCAGGAAAGGAUUAUAUACCACUAGGAGUAUUGACGAAUUCCAAGCCAUCAGCAAUAUAUAGACUGCGCUCACAUCUCCCUCCCGAUGCACCAACAGGUCAACCCUCUCCUCCUGCUCAACUAGGAAUAGAAAUCGCGCCCUUGCCCUCACUCGAAUCUAUACUAGCGGGCUUAUCAGGUCAGGGCGAAUCGAAGAGCGCUGAAGUGGUGAAGAAGGUUGAAGUCGGGAAGAUCGCAGAGAAAGUAGUUAAGAAUCUAUUCAAUUACUUGCAUUCGUUUGGAGGUGAGAUCAAAUUAACACCUGAAACACCGAUUCCGCUAUCUGUGUUCCAGCAGUGGUAUACCAAUUUCACCAGGAAGAUAGAAAAUGACAAAGGAGCGGCAUUCUUGGAUAGGGAGGAUUAG